AUGUUGAGUCAUGCAUGGUCCCGGGACGCGAGUUUGCUAGGUGCGAUCUCUCUCCGAGCCUCUCACUUUUCUUUUGCAGUAUUGACUUGUGUUACUCUCCGAUUUUUGCAAAUAAUCAAGAGGAAGUGCGGCCAAAUCAUCAUCCUCGCUGCUAGCCUCGUUGCGCCGUCAAUGGCAGCUUGGUGUAACUAUGGCACCUUCAACCAGCCCCCGGAAGCCAAGACUGUGGCCUCAACUACCACUUCUACUGCGUAUGAUUUCACUCUUCCAUUGGAACGAGUUUUAGAUGUGGUGGAGAGCACUCUGACGAUCGCCCGAUUUGGCGCGGGGACUGUUCCUCCCCUCCGGCGCCCGAUGGUUGUGGUCCUGGUGCUGUAG